AUGGCAUUGAAAUUCGCCUUAGUUGGAUCUACAAUGGCCCUCGCGGGUUACACAACAUACAAAUACAUGGCGAAACCCAAUCCAAGCAUUUUUACCGAGAAGAGUUUUUACGAUGAAGCAUUGGUAUUGGCACGUGGCUACAAGCCUAUUACUGAUAAACUAAUAGAACCCAUUAAACCGCUAAAAAUUGAUACAUCCAAUGAAUUCAAUAAAUUAACGCUUCUCAGUGCACAGUUUCAACUGCCCAUUCGAGGUGCACAACGAUCAGGUACACUCUUUUGUUAUGCAACAAGAAAUUCGUUGGAUGACGAAUGGCACGUUGAUAAAUUAGAAUUUAAAGCGAACAAUCAACCGAAUCGGUUCCCCUUCUAUGAUCGAGCGUUGCGACGUGUUCCGACACCUACUGAACAAGCUCUGAUAGAUUACAAGAAAGAACUGCAAGAAAAACAAGCGAGAAAUCUAGCGGCGAUACCUACUACAUCGGCAUCCGUUUGA